AUGACCGACGCGAGCUUGCCCCAGUGCAUGUCCACCGUGCGUUUCCAUGAGAUGCUGCUGGACGACACACUUGGAGAGCGCGAAGUGCUUGCGCUGGAGACGGAUCGCCGACUAGGUGGCAAGUACCGAGCACUGAGGUCUUGUGACGAGGCAUUUCACGCUAUGUUGGACGUGGAUACGCCUAUUGGCAAGCCACCUACUAUUCAUCAAGAAGACGCUACUGACUCAGAUGCACGACCGCAGAAGAAGCGGCCGCAGCUGAUAUACGCCGAGUAUAUGAGUUGUGCAGGUCGAGCUCUGUGUGAGCAGUCGCUGCUGCAGUGGGCAGCGUGUGUUCAGUCGGUACGAGAGCAGAAGAAGGAGAUCCGAGAGUGCGCCAUGGCCAAGAGAAUGCUGGAACGGUGUCUGCGUGGCGAGACGGAGGAGCUGCUCAAGAUCUCGCAACCGCAAGUCUUUCGACCUAGUGCUGCCUCGUAA